UCGGAAGUAUCAACGGAAUUCCCGAUGAAUUCUCAUAUAAAUUAUUCGAAAAGAAAGUAGAACAGUGAAAACUUCAUUUCUCUAUAGAAAGGUAGAAAUGUGUUUGAAAUAAUCGUGACAAAAAAACACUUUCUCAUCUUUAAAUAUUUGAUUUUUUAAAAAAUGAAAUAAUUUAUCGAAUAUUUUUAUGUAAUAAUUUGAGUCAAAUAAACAACAUGAUAGAUAUAAAUCGAUAAAUGAAAGAUAUUUAUUAGGAAUUCUCAAUUCAAUUUUUUUAUUCUAAUUCAUUAUUUAAAGAAUGCUAAGUUAAAAUAAGUACGCAAUGUAUACGUGCAGCUGUCCCUGUUAGAGGAUGAUGGGUUUUCCCACCCCUACCUUUCCCCUUUGAAAGCUAAUAAGCCAUCUAUCCGCUAGAGGUUCCACUGUGCACUAUGGCCAUCGUGGAAGUUAAUCAGCACAUCACCUAACGUUACACAGUUAGUUCGUUUUCAGAUAGCAUGUGUAGUGGUAUUUUAAUACAAUUAUUGAAAAUAUAUAUAUAUAGUUUUAGUUUUUCCUCUGUUUUUUUUCAUCGAUAACAUAAACUCUUAUUUACAUAACCUUUUUUGUCAAAUGAGUUUUCAUACCUAAAAUUCAUUUUCUCAUAACAUGAAGUUAUUUGAAGUUAUGAUAUAUGAAGUUAUGAUAUAAUAUAUAUUAGUUGCUAAUAUUUGCAAAUAUUAAAAUCAAAACGAGAAAGUGACAAUAAUAAAAAACGAACACAGAUAAAGAAGCCAGCUGUUAAGACGAACGACAAUCGUAUAAUUGAUCCAAUAAAUGAAAUAGUAACAUCAUUUGUAAAUUAACGAAAAACAAAAGAACAAUAAAUAGUUCUUGUUCAGUGAAAGAAGAAUCGAAUAAAAUCAAAAAGUUAAUUAAUUAUUCGCUUAAAAAACUGCACAAAAACAUUAUAUUAAGAGAAACGUAUAUGGUAUAUGAAGUGCAUUACUUUAUCUGUAUAUGUAGAAUCGUAUAAUAGUUUUAUUUUGACGUGUGAGAAAAAAAUCGAUUUUUUUGCACGAAUCGAAUAUCAAAAUCAAAAAUGUGGAAUUCAAGAACGACACCAAUGGAAAGCAAUGUUCCAGAGAAUGAGCAACAGAAGUCCGAAAAACAACAUAAUUCGGGCCACACUGAUUCCGGAUUUUUAUCCAGUGGAAAUCUCCAAAUUAGUUCGGAGCUAGACGACCACGAAUUGAAUAUUGCAACCGCACCUGUUGUUCCAGAACCAAUGAGAAUAGAUAGUGGUGUGGAUCUUGACUCAAGCGAAAACUUGAGCCAAUUUACAUUAAAAAAAGUUACAUUAAAUGUUCUAACGAGCAAUAAAGUUCAAGUUGAACCUACUGUCGAAUUGACUCCAGUAAAUACCGACAAACUUGUGAAGAACGAUGUUUCAACAUUACGACAUGAAUCGCAUCAAUCUUCUGAGAAAUUACUCAGUGAUAAAUCUUGGCAAUUCUUCUAUACACAGAAUGAUGAUGGAGAUACGUUACUUCAUAUGGCCAUAAUACAAGGUUAUAUGGAAGCUACAUUCAACUUGAUAAAAAUGGCACCACAUUCAUGCCUUUUAGAUAUUCAAAAUGAUGAUGGUCAGACACCUUUACAUUUGGCUGUAUUGUCACAACAACCAAAAAUCGUUAGGCGAUUAAUUUUGGCAGGUGCAAAUCCAUCGUUGAGAAGUUUUCGUGGAAACACGCCGCUUCAUCUAGCAUGUACGACUGGUGAUCUUGCCUCGGUAAAAGCCCUCCUUGAUCCAAUAAAUUCUAUAGAAAAAAAUUACUUUCUUGCUGGGGAAAAAAUACAAAUUCUAUCACAAAAUCUGGAGCAACGAAAUUAUAAUGGACAAACAUGUUUACACAUGGCGGCUUUAUCAGAUCAAGUAGAACUCGUACGACUUCUAGUACAUCGCGGAGCAGAUCUUAAUGCUAGAGAAGGAUUAGCAGGACGAACGGCUCUUCACCUUGCUAUGCAAUAUAGAUGCCGAUCUGUGGUUGCGUUCCUCCUUCAAGAAUGCAGAUUUUCCUUAGAUAUAAAAACUUAUCGUGGAGAGACUGCAUACCAAUUAGCUCUACAUGUUGAUAGACAACUUGCAAGGGAAUUAGUAAGAUUGGGAGCAAUACCAGAACCACUUCCCGAGUCAGAUUCGAAUAGUAGUGAUGAAGAUGAAAGUUCUGCAAUAAUUUGUAUAUCUCAGGCAUAAUUGUUGUGAAAAUAUAGAAACACUCAUCAAAUCUUUAACAAACAUUUCAAUUCUGUUUGUUAUACAAUCAAAAUUUAAUUUAAAAAUUUAAAAAUUUAUAUAAUUGAUUAGAAUGAAAAAAUUGCUAUACACGAAAUAUGUAUUUAUGUAUGUGUAUGUAUUGUUAGAUUUCGAUAGAUGGUUUAUAACAUAUUAUGAUAUGUAACAUAAUUCGAAUUUUGUUCAGUUCAAAUAUUAAUUAAUAAAUUGAAUAUAUGUUAUUUACUUAAAGUUAAUUAGUGACAUCAGUGUGAAACAUAUUGUAAAAAUAAGAAAGAAUGAAAUAAUAUACUAUAAAACGAAGUAUAGAGAGAAACAAAAGUCUUGAAUAUUCUUAAUUGUGCCUCUAUGAGGAGUAAUUAAAAUAGUUCAUUAACAAAGAAUAUGAUCGUUGUAAAAUAUAUCAAACGCAAAUAAUUCAUAUUUUAGGAUCUCGCUCUGUAAAUAUAAAUAAAAAUAUUACAUAUUUUUGAUUGAAUGAUGUGAAAAUGUGUUAAAAAUAUUUGUAUGUUUGGAUGUGUUAAAUGAAAAAAAUUUGAUAAAAGAAAAUAUAGAAGAUAUAAUAAUACAUAAUAAAACAUUUAUAAUUUCAUAA